AUGUUUAAACCACUAAGGCUAUCCAUUCGUCUGUUUUCAAUAGUUUCAAAACUUAACUCCUCAUAUACUCAUGUACCCAGAAAAACAAUUGCAGAUAUUCAUGAAUUAUAUCAAUCAAAUACUCCUAUAACGGUUUCUACAUCUCAUGAUUAUAUAACGUCAAAAAUGGUUGAUGCAGCAGAUAUAGAUAUAGCUUUAGUUGGAGACUCGUUAGCUAAUACAACUUUGGGAUAUCAAGAUACAAAUGAAUUGACACUAGAUGAAAUGUUGUAUCAUAUAAAAUCAGUUCAAAGAGGAAAUGAAAAAUCAUUAAUAGUGGCAGAUCUACCAUUUGGAUCUUUUGAAAAAUCUACAGAACAAGCAACAGAAUCAGCAAUAAAAAUUAUACAAAGCGGAAAAAUUCAGGCAGUUAAAAUUGAAGGAGGUAAUGAAGAAAAUUUAUCAAUUAUAAAGAAAUUAGUAUCUAUUGGUAUACCAGUAAUGGGACAUACAGGAUUAACACCUCAAAAACAUAAUACUAUGGGAGGUUACAAAUUACAAGGUAGGGAUUCCAAAAGUGCUUUACAGAUAUAUAAAGAAUGUUUAAAUUUACAAAAAAGUGGAGUAUUUGCAAUAGUUUUGGAAUGUAUACCGAAUAAAAUCGCACAAUUUAUAACGAAUAACUUGAAAAUACCAACUAUUGGGAUAGGAGCAGGACCUCAUUGUUCUGGUCAAGUAUUGGUGAUUUCAGAUUUAUUAGGUAUGAAAAAUCCUGAGGAAAAUCACAUUGCAAAAUUUGUAAAACCUUAUGCAAAUUUUUAUAAUUUAGGUGUUGAAGGUUUGAAAAAUUAUAAAAAAGAUGUUAACCAAAAGAAUUUCCCCUUAGCUGAUGAACAUGGAUAUAAAGUUAAAAAAGAAGUAUUUGAAGAAUUUAAAAAGGAAGCAGAAACUUUAUAG